GUUUGCUCACACGUCUACUAAUAUAAAUAAUCAGACAAUCUUCCCGGCCCUCCUCUCGAACACCAACUCACGAGCUCCCUGCGCCGGAACAACCGGUGUCGCAGAUCGGUCUUCCGCGGACCUCGCCUCCUCCCUCCCUCUCUCCCCGCGCCUUAGUUCGCUCUCCGUCGGGACCCCGAGUUAGCUUGCGUCGGCCGAGGAUAAGCACCCCCUCUUCCCAUGCUGCAUGCAUUCCUCUUUAGGCAAGCCAUAAGCAGAACUUCUUCGUCGGCGGUCACUCCUCCUUUCACAUCUGUGGCCGAGAGAAUCAGGCAAUCCGUCCUGCAGCCAAGAUAUCAACCAAUCUCCCCCUCCUCUUCCCCGCCCUCCAUCUGACCACCCCCCGUCAGUCGGCCGUUCAGUCCAUCACACAACGAAAACAGAUAGACACCCGGGUAGCCAGAGAGUCAGAUAGCCAGACAGCUUUCUCCAACGCUGUCAUGGCGCCUCACAUGCAGCACGUGCGCGACCUCAUCCCCCUCCCCCAGACACCCAUCCAGACCCUCGUCGCCACGCUCGCCGGCAUAGGCGCAUCCGCCUGGCUGAUAAAGCUCAUCGUCCGACACAUCCUCCUCCGAAGCCCCGCUAAGCGCUCCUCUCACGGCUCCUCCUCGUCGUCCCCCGGUCCAACGUUCGAAGCCAUGAGCGCCGAAAGAAAGAAGGAGCUCCUCGAGCGGCCCGCCAUCAUCGUCGGCGGUGGCCUCGCCGGUCUGGUCGCGGCCUUCGAGCUCGCGGAGCGCGGCGUGCCGACCAUCGUCCUCGACCAGGAGAACGACAAGAACCUCGGCGGCCAGGCGUUCUGGUCGCUGGGCGGCAUAUUCUGCGUCGACUCAAAAGAACAGAGGAGGAUGGGCAUCAAGGACUCGAGGGAGCUCGCUAUGAGGGACUGGUUCGGCUCGGCGCAGUUCGACCGCGAGAAGGAGGACACCUGGCCGCGCCGCUGGGCCGAGGCCUUUGUCAACUUCGCCACGGACGAGAUGGAGGACUACGUCAAGGCCAGGGGCAUGGGCUUCCUGUUUAACGUCGGCUGGGCCGAGCGAGGCGCCGGCAUGGCCGAGGGCCACGGCAACUCGGUGCCCCGGUUCCACGUCACCUGGGGCACGGGGCCCGAGGUCGUGAGGGUAUUCGCGGAGCCCGUCAAGCGCGCCGCCGACAACGGCGUCGUCCAGUUCCGCUUCCGCCACCGCGUCGACGAGAUCAUCACGGACGAGAACGGCCGCGCCGUCGGCGUCCGCGGCAAGGUCCUCGCCGCCGACGACUCGCCGCGCGGCGUCAAGUCCAACCGGGACAUCGCCGGCGACUUUGAAAUCUACGGAUCGGCCGUCGCCGUCACCUCGGGCGGCAUCGGCGGCAACGUCGAGGCCGUCAAGGCGGCGUGGCCCGUCGACCGGCUCGGCCCCAAGGUGCCCGAGACCUUCGUCGUCGGCGUGCCGGCCCACGUCGACGGCCGCAUGAUCGGCAUCACGGAGGCCGCCGGCGCCAACGUCAUCAACCGCGACCGCAUGUGGCACUACACCGAGGGCCUGCAGAACUGGAACCCCAUCUGGCCGGACCACGGCAUCCGCGUGCUGCCCGCGCCGAGCUCGCUGUGGCUCGACGCGACGGGUAAGCGGCUGCCGCCCUUCCUGUUCCCGGGCACCGACACGCUCGGCACGCUCAAGCACAUCUGCGCCACGGGCUACGACUACACGUGGUUCAUCCUCGACCAGAGCAUCAUCGCCCGCGAGUUCGCCCUCUCGGGCUCCGAGCAGAACCCGGACGUGACGGGCAAGAGCAUGUGGCAGCUCCUCACGCGCGUCUUCGGCAAGAAGGGCACCGUCCCCGUCCAGAACUUCCAGAAGCACGGCAAGGACUUUGUCGUGCGCGACAACCUCGAGGACCUGGUGCAGGGCAUGAACGAGCUGCAGCGCGAGCGCGGCGGGCCGGUGCUGAGCCUCGAGGACAUCCGCGAGACCAUCGAGCUGCGCGACGGGCAGUUCGACAACGCCUACUCCAAGGACGCGCAGGCGAUGCUCAUCAACAACGGACGCACGUACUGGGCCGACCGGCGGAGCCGCAUCGCGCCGCCGCACAAGCUGCUGGACCCGAAGCACGGCCCGCUGAUCGCGGUGCGCAUGAACCUGCUGACGAGGAAGACGCUGGGCGGCAUCGAGACGAACCUCGAGAGCAACGUCAUGCGGGCCGACGGCGCCAAGUUCCCGGGCCUGUACGCGGCGGGCGAGGCGGCCGGCUUCGGCGGCGGCGGCGUCCACGGCUACAACAGCCUGGAGGGGACGUUCCUGGGAGGCUGCAUCUUCUCCGGGAGGGCGGCGGGCCGCGGCAUCGCGGAUGAGUUGCUGGGGCCGGCGGAAGCCAAGGGGCCAAAGUCGUUCUUGUAAUGUCCAGACGGAAGGCAGAUAUGGAUAUGUAUGUAGAGUAAGUGGUAAUUCAAGCGAUGUUAUUCUUCU